UAGGCAGCUGUUCAGCACUGCCCCUGCUCCGUUUCAAAUAUGGGCACGGUAAAAAUGGCAACCUUUGACGUGACAGCAAUAGCUGCUAAAAACAGAACUGACCGCAGCUAGAUAGGAGCCCACACCCGCGGGGACAAGAGCGGCCGGCCUAUAGUCUCUUGCCUGACUCGGGCCUACACGAGAUAGCUCGUGUAUUUUGGUUCUCACGUUUCGCAGCUUGUGUGGUUUUAUCUGAGGAGGCUUUGUUGUUGUUUUACGUCCUGCUAGAAGCGCUCGUCUAAAAUGAAUACCAUGGAUAACCUGGAGAAACAGCUGAUUUGUCCCAUCUGCCUGGAGAUGUUUACAAAGCCUGUGGUUAUCCUGCCAUGCCAGCACAACCUCUGCAGAAAAUGUGCCAACGAUGUUUUCCAGGCCUCCAACCCGUACCUUCCAACAAGAGGGGGCUCGCUGACGUCCGGCGGCCGCUUCCGAUGCCCGUCCUGCAGACACGAGGUGGUUCUGGACAGGCACGGUGUUUACGGGCUGCAGAGGAACCUGCUGGUUGAGAACAUCAUCGACAUGUUCAAACAGGAGUCCAGCAGCAGCAAGCCGGCGCCAGAGAGAAAGGAAGAAAUGCCCAUGUGCGAGGUUCACCCAGAAGAAAAGAUCAACAUCUACUGCGUGACCCACGGCGUGCCCACGUGCUCCAUGUGCAAAGUAUUUGGAGUGCACAAAGACUGUGAGGUGGCGCCCAUCACCAGCAUCUACCAGUCAAAGAAGACGGAGCUGAGUGACGGGAUUGCCAUGAUGGUUGGUAACAACGACAGGAUGCAAGGCAUCAUCAGUCAGCUGGAGGAGGCCUGUCGUGUCAUAGAGGAGAAUGGCCGGAGGCAGAAGACGCUGGUGUGUGAGAGGUUUGACCAGCUCUACUCCAUCCUGGAGGGGAAGAAGAGAGAGAUGAGUCAGAAGGUGACCGCCGAACAGGAAGAGAAGGUGAACUACAUCCGGGGCCUGACCCAGAAGUAUGGAGACCACCUGGAGGAGAGCUGUAAGGUGGUGGAGUUGGGUAUCCAGACUAUGGAGGAGCCGGAAAUGGCUUUAUUUCUACAGAACACAAAGCCUCUCCUCAAAAAGCUUGCAGAAGCAUCCAGCACAGCCCACUUGGACAAAGUGGAGCGCGGCUACGAGAACAUGGAUCACUACAGCGUCGACUUCAAGAAGGAGAGCACGGCCCUGCGCGGCCUCGACUUCCUCCAAGAUGACGAAGACGAGGAUGAAGAGGAUGAGGACGGAGAAGCAGACCCAGAGGAAGGCGAGGGGGCCCAGCCUGUAUCAGCCGCCUCCGUCCAACCUUCUGCUCCGCAGCAGAGCAACUCCUCCCCGAGCGCAGCCAAGAGCGCCGCCUCGUCCUAGCUGUCAGCCGCCGGCCCCGGAAACAAAAAGCAGUUCCGGAGCACGAUAAGUUUUGCUGCUAGAUAAUUAUUUCAGGUCAGUUGUGAUACUUUUCCCCCAGAUUGGAGAACACGAGACAGAUUUAGAUCUGCGCCGAAGGGAAACUCUAAGUUGCAGAGCUAGAUCUGAAGGAAGAGACCGAAGUUUCAAUUCCCCUCUCUCUCUCUUAUAUUGGGAUUAUGUGAGCGAGCAUCACUGCAUGCUGACUGGUUUUAUAUGUUUUAUGUCUGGUUAUACACAUUUUGGCUUUUUUUGACAUCCUGAAUGACAAGCAGGCUAUGGAUGGUUAUCUACAGAAUAUUUUAAUGUUUAAUACCGCUGACCUUUUGUGAUUCGCUGCUUAAACUCCAUCAUUAGCGAGCAUGACAAGAGGGCCUCGGGUUUCCCUCCCGGUCGUACUCUUUUUUUAUGACUGGUAUAACUUUAUGAGUAGGUUAGCAGAGUAAAAAACUCUCACUGUGACAUUUCAAUAUGUCAUACACCUAAUGAUGUGUUGUAUACUUUAUUGUAUAACCCAUGUAAACUUUCCUACAUGGACAAAACAUCACAUUUUGACAUGUAACAGUUUUAUAUAUUAUCAUUAAAACUGAACUGUACAAAUGCCUAAAGUAUUGUGUUUCUCAAAGUUUGGAUUCGCAAAAUACAACUGUUGUUAUAUGUAUCUGGGUACUUCAGGCCUUCCCCUGGACUGAAUUACCAAUGACAUUUCUUUAUGUAACCCCCCUGUGUGUCUUUGUGUGCGCAUGUGCAAAGAAAAAUACAGUUUUUUCUCUUCC